UUGAAUUUGUUUUUUCAGAAAAAAGAAAAAAAGUCAAAGAAGACUGUGAUGGAGGGUUAAACGUAGGAAGACGAAGCAUAUCUCUGCUCUGCCUUGUUGGGAGUUCUCUAAAUCGGAUCAAUCCACAUGAGUCAUGACCCUCGUGUCUAGACCUAGAGAAAGAAGAAUGGGUUCAGUUCCAGUGGUUCGCUUCCCGAUCGUCCUCUUCGUUCGAGUGUUGGGAAUCCUAGUGGCUGCUUUGCUGCUCACAUGGACAACCUACUACAGAGGAGGAUUGGCUCUCAUUUCUGACAACAAAGAUCUCAUUUUCAAUGUUCACCCGGUGCUAAUGGUAAUUGGUCUUGUACUUUUAAAUGGAGAAGCCAUGCUAGCAUAUAAAACAAUAUCAGGAACAAAACGCUUCAAGAAAUUUGUUCAUCUUAUGUUACAAUUCCUUGCUUUUUGUUUAAGCAUUAUCGGAUUAUGGGCUGCUUUGAAAUUCCAUAAUGACAAGGGCAUUGACAACUUUUAUAGCCUGCAUUCUUGGUUGGGCUUAGCUUGCCUAUUCCUAUUCGGCAUCCAGUGGGCAGCCGGAUUUGCAACUUUUUGGUAUCCAGGCGGGUCUGCAAAUGGUAGAGCUACGUUGCUGCCAUGGCAUGUGUUCUUUGGAAUUUAUAUUUAUGCACUUGCUGUUGCUACUGUAGCAACUGGUAUACUGGAAAAGGCCACAUUUCUUCAAACCAACAAAGUAAUAUCACGAUAUUCAACCGAGGCUAUGCUGGUUAACUCGUUGGGUGUUUUCGUUGUUAUUUUGGGUGGAUUUGUUAUUCUUGCUGUUGUUGCUCCUGCAAACGACAAAGGUGAAGUCUUCAGAGAAGCAACAGAGUAGGGAAAGUAGAUUGAUUUUCUUAGUUCAGGAGGAAAUGAAUUUAUACAGCUGCUUCUUGUAUGGAGAUGAAUCUUUCAAAAAUCAGUUGUUUCAGUACAAUCUUGUGUAUUUCUAAUGGUUUAAUUCCUUGUCAUCUCUCUCUCUGACUGUGCCAUUUUGUCAUGGUAUUCCAUAUUAUAUACCAUUAUUUCAGGAUUUUGAUUCUAUCAUUUUGUUUAAUACGAUGAUGACUUUCAUAAAA